CCCGACUCCCCAUGUGUCCUCUCCAAAACCUUGGUAAUUCCAGACAUCCACAACAGUUUCACCGGAUGUGAAUGUUGCGGCCAGUUCGACAUCGACUCGAUACCGCGUGCCAGUGAAAAGUUCUGGCUGCGAGACAUAGGCGAUUGUCAGUGCGUCAUGCAGAGGAGGACCGUCGUUAAAACCGAAUGUGCUCUUGUACGACUCGGCGAAGAAUCCAAUCAGUGUUGACAGCGUGUGCCGCAGGCUCGUUGUCGGUGCGGGGAGAGGCACACUCAAGUCACGAGGGUCCGGCGACGACGGCGACAGAAGACGCGUAUGAACGCUAUGUGUGACGAUGGCGGUGUGUGUUACGUUGAUGGGAAUCAUGGCCUUCCUCACAGGAGUAUCCAGAACGAUUUGAGCUGCAUGAGCUGCAAUCCAUAUUAUGCACCGCGCGCGAUCUUGUUCUGGAAUGAGCCACUCACGGUCGCAUAAUAUAUUGUACUCUGCAAAUGUUGUUGUCAUGAGCCUCUCAUCGCUAACCGAUCCAUGACACGCACCAGCAACAGCCGACCGAUUGCCCAAGCCAACUCCACCCCCCAUGACUGGAAAGUUUCACUGGCAAGUCCGGCAAAGCAAACGAAUCUGCACGUACACACGAACUCUUCCACAGCGAUCAACAGAUCUGGAUACACCGACGCGAACAACGCGAUGUUGGUCAUCGGACCGCUGGAGAUGAUAGUGACCUUGGACCCCAUCCCAUUAUUCCACGUCCGUUUCACAUGGUGUGACAUCCCCUCGAGGGCUCUCACCACCGCCCCCUCGGCAUCCCGUGCAAUCCACUGCUGGACCUCAGCACUGGCUGGAUCUGGCAGACCCACGACACCCCCGAGACCGUCGACACCGUGGAUUUCUGGGUCGUGCUUCGCGGGGCGCAGGAGAGGCUUGGUCGCCCCGGGGUAGACGCGCAUAUCCGGAUACACCGCGGCCGCACCGAACGCGUGUAGACAUCUCGCUGCGUUGAGCAUCGUCCAGUCGCUGCUCGCAUUUCCAUGGGUCUGACUGAGGUUACUUCCGCGUCGACGGCUUGAUGAUGGCAAUCCUGCUAUACCGUCGAGAUCCCCAAGGGCGUGAUAUUGGGCGCGUGGAGGGCUAGGAGGAUCGCGGUGGCAUCAUCGUGGCCCUAUUUUCGUGGGUAAGUUGAUUGAGAAGAGACGAGGACUGCGGGACGGACAGGAUCUACGUCGAGCCAAACGUACUUCAUGGCACGUCACGGUGCUAAUUGCUCUAAGUUGUCCCGCACUCUCGUCGAAGCUACGCAAAUGAAUGGAGUCCUCCUCAUCCUUCACCUCGUGCUGUUCUCAUGCCCACCUAUCUUUGCAUUGAACUCCCGGGCUCCGACGCCAUUGGGCUCGCUGAAGGCGCGACCCACAGCCGUCCAUCGCCCUCGGUCCAUGGAUCACUUCCACCGCUCGAGAUGGCGAUCGAUCCACCUAGAGCAGACAGAACCCAUCGAAUGGGAUAGAAUAGAGGUAUCGGGUCCCGACGUAGAGGAUAGAGGCACGCUGGCUCAGCUCGCGCGUAUGAGCGCCAAUGCCUACGCAACGCCAGGGAAGAGUAACUGGUACACCGUCGAUGAGGCCUGGAACACUAGCUUUCCCUUCGGUUGGGAGGAUCCAGAGAAUGGGUUCCGGGGCCAUGUAUUCAUCUCGUCGGACAACUCAACCGUUGUCCUUUCUAUCAAAGGCACGACACUCAACGGGCCGACUUCGAAGCAGGAUAAAUUCAACGACAAUCUGCUCUUCUCCUGCUGUUGUGCGCGAGUUGACAUAAGUUGGGUGUUCCGGAAGGUGUGCGAUUGCUACAGGAAAUCGUUCCGCUGUGAUAAUACCUGUCUGACGAAAGCACUCGUCGAGGAGAGCUUGUUCUAUUCGGUUGGUGUGCGGCUUGUGAAUGAUCUCCUCUUCCUGUAUCCAACAGCCGAUUUGUGGCUGGUCGGUCACAGCCUAGGUGGAGCGUUGGCUGCCCUGCUUGGCACUACCUUCGGACUGCCGGCUGUGGCGUUCGAAGCCCCGGGCGAGCGACUGGCUGCGCAGAGACUGCAUUUGCCUCUGCCCAAGCCUCCACUGGACAGCUUCCUCCCCGCCAUCACGCAUGUAUAUCAUAACGCGGACCCGAUUCCUCAGGGCACUUGCACAGGCGUCGCUUCUCUGUGCGCUCAGGGCGGCUUUGCUCUCGAGACGCGAUGCCAUCUCGGCAAGAAUGUCGUCUUCGACGUCGUCGACAAGCUGGGCUGGAAAGUAGAUCUCAGGACACACGUGAUAAAGCGCGUUAUCACAGAGGUCCUCGAGGGAAAUGACAUUGAAUGGGAGCCUGGCCGGAGUGUCCCUCAAGCCAAGGCAGAUACAGAUUGCGUAGACUGUUUCAAAUGGGAUUUCGGAGAGUUUGGACCAGGAGACGGUGAAGAUCUCAUUGAAGCAGGCUUAUGAUGUAAAUGAAGUUCCACCUAUUAAUCUACCU